UUGUCACUGCAUGUAUUUUGUGUGGCUGUUGAUGCAUGUAACUCAUACAGUGAGUCUGUGACUUGGCAGUGCUGGCAGAAGCAGUGCAUGUUGUUGCAGUGGUGUCUCUGUGCUGCUGCUGCUGUGCUCAUGGCUAAGAGGAGGGCUGCAAGUAAAUGCUGCUGCUGCCCAAGAGCGCCCAUGAAAGAGGACAAUGCUCGUUUCUGCUUGCUGGCCGGACUGAUCUUGCUCUACUUAUUGUGCGGAGCUGCCAUCUUCUCAGCCUUGGAACACCCGUUUGAGCUCCGCGCACGCCUCCUGUGGAAACAGCAGUUGGAAAACUUCACCAGGAGAUACAGAGUCAACCUGGGUGCCCUGCACACUCUGCUGAGGCAGUAUGAGGAGGCAAACGGAGCUGGGAUCAGGGUGGACACGUUAAGGCCACGCUGGGACUUUUCUGGAGCUUUCUACUUCGUGGGCACAGUGGUCUCAACUAUUGGUUUUGGCAUGACCACACCAGCAACCAUAGCAGGAAAAAUAUUCUUAAUCUUCUAUGGUCUCAUUGGCUGUGCUGCCACCAUCCUCUUUUUUAACCUCUUCCUGGAGAGGAUCAUCACAAUGUUAGCUUACAUCAUGCGCUGGUGUCAUAAGCGUCGGUUGAGGUGUGCUGGAGUUGGGGUGGUAUCCAGCAGGGAGGAGUCAUCUGGUGAGGAGGACAGUCUGGAAGGAUGGAAGCCAUCAGUCUAUUACGUGAUGUUGAUCUUAGGAGUAGCAUCUGUUGUGAUUGCUUGCAGUGCCUCCACUCUGUACAGCUCCAUGGAAAACUGGAGCUAUGUGGACUCUCUGUACUUUUGCUUUGUGGCCUUCAGCACCAUUGGCUUCGGGGAUCUGGUGAGCAGCCAGAGACAGCAGUAUGAAUCUCAGGAGGCCUACCGGCUUGGAAACUGCCUUUUUAUCUUAUUGGGAGUUUGUUGUAUCUACUCACUUUUCAAUGUAAUUUCUAUCAUCAUCAAGCAGACUCUCAACUGGAUCCUGGGUAAGCUGGUGUGCUCGGGGCAGCAUCAGCUCUGUUCCUGCUCCACACCUGGCUGCUGGUGGCUCUGCUGCCCCUGCCUCCAGAAAAAAAAUCAUAAUAAUCAGAGGCGUCAGCUGGCACACUUCAGGCCAAAACGCAUCAAACGCAACGCGGUGCAGCCCAUCUCGUCCCACCAACGCUACACGGGUGGCUCUGUUGAGACUGUGUGCGACAGCGAGACGGACGCUGGCGCAGUGGCUGAAGCACAAAUGGGGCGUCGUUUGUCAGGAGAGAUGAUCUCUGUCAAUGAGUUCAUGGUGUCCAAUAAGGUGUCUCUGGCACUGCUGCAGAAACAGCUGAGUGAAACAGCUCACCAGGGCCCACGACAGAGCUACAGCCAUCAAAAUGGAUUCUCUGGUGGUGUGGGAGCUUUAGGCAUUAUGAAUAAUCGUUUACAGGAAACCAGCGUGGAUAGGUAGCAUCAUAAUAACAUCUUAAUUGUUCUUUCGGUUCUCUAUAUUGAAGCCUUACAUUUCCUUAGGAAUUAUUUUAUCAGUAACUUGUUCUGUAUGGAAAAAAAAUCUGAGAAUAGAAUAUUUCUUAUAAGAAUCAGUUCAGUAUGAGCAGCUUCAGUGGAAGUCUGUGUGGAUAAAAGCAGACUUCCGGCAUGGACUUUAGACAGCAAAUAAUUGUUCAUAUUUUUUUUGGUGAGGAGAAAGAAAGUUAAAGGACAAAUAUGUGCUAAAGACUUCAGCAUCAUUUGAAGAGGGGUUUGAUGUCCUGAAGUGACUGACUCACAGAAACGCAAUCAGAUGAAAGAAGCAGUGAAGGACCACUUAAAGAGGACUGCUGAUUUAAGGACACUGCACAUGCCUCCCGAGCUCCUCAGAAGAUGUUGUUGUACGUAAGGGGGGUAGUCAGUAUUAGUAAACAUACAAACAAAAAUAUCUGCUCUUAGAUAACUAGCUGCAUACAUAAAACAUUUAAAAUAUGAUCUGUAUUUAAACAGAGCUUCUCAAGCAAACUGCAGGAGGUCAGUAGCACCAAUAAAGACACAAUUUUCAAAUGAAUGUCAUUGAAAUUCAUCGUCAUCAUGAAAGAGAUCCAGGGUUUUCAGUAGAGAUCUUCUAAUCAAAC